AUGGGCUUAAGGAUCCUCGGAACAGGCUCUCUUCAUGGAGAAACACCGAUUGUUGUCAAUCGCAUGGUUGCAAUCGAUCUCCAUAACCCGCCUUCAGAGCAAGUUGAUUCAUCUCCAAGUAAGUAUGGAAUAUGGAACUUAAGUGGUGAGCUAAAACCAUCUUUGAUGAAACUCAAGUCAUUAAGCCAUUUAGACUUGAGCUUCAACACAUUUGAGGGAAUACCAAUUCCUGAGUUCUUUGGAUCACUGAUGAAUUUGCAAUAUCUGCUUGAAGGUCUUAUUCCUGUUUCCAUCGGGUCGCUGCAAAAUCUCGUUGUCUUGAUGCUUGAAGAGAAUAAAUUAAAUGGUACGCAACAAGAUAGUUUAGGACAACUUACUAAGCUGUCAUACUUAGAUGUUUCUUCCAAUCAGUUGACAGACACGGUAACUGAAGAACAUUUUUCAAUGCUGGCAAAAUUGAAGAUUGUAGUCAUGUCUUCCAAUUCACUCACUAUGAAUAUCAGUACCAAUUGGAUGCCGCCAUUCCAAAUAUCUUUUCUUCUUAUGUGUUCAUGUGUUUUGGGGCCUUCAUUACCACCUUGGCUUAAAUCACAAAAUAAGAUUGCUUAUUUAGACGUUUCAAAUUCGAGCAUUUUUGGUUUUAUACCCAAACUGGUUUUGGGAUAUAUCUUCCUGAUUAACGUUUUUAAACAUGUCAAAUAA